UCACAGAAGGAGACUAACAAUACGAGAAAAGCGCAUCGGUGCGCAACCCGUAAAAGUCUUAUCCCAAACACAUCGCCAACACUUCCCAGAUCUCCAUUACCACAAAGCAGUCCAUUGGAAAGCCCUCGCAAUAUGUCACCGUCGACUCAUUUUGUGUUCGCCGCCACCAAGAAGAUUGAGGGCAGGCGUUGGUCUGUGGCAUCCCUUCCCUCCUCUGGUUACGGCACAAACACUCCAAACAGCUCUAAC